AUGCCGCCCUCUCAGCUUAAACAGCUGAAGGCUUCCCUCAGAGAUAGCGGUGUUAUUCGCCCGCAGCAGUCCAAAAAACAAAAGCGUGAAAAUGCCAAGUCUGGAGCUGCUGCGCAGAAUCGAAACCAGCGAAAUGCCGCUUUGCAAGCAAUUCGAGAUCGUUUCAACCCGUUUGAGAUCAAAGUCGCACCCAGUCGCAGCAAAUUCGAUGUCACCACUCGCGAUAGGAACUCAAGUGCCGCUGGAAAGUCCCGGCCCGGUGUCACCAAAUCGCUUGGUGAAGAAAGGCGCCGAGCGACACUUUUGAAUGAGAUGCACAACCGGAACAAAGUCGGAGGUCUUGUUGAUCGCCGGUUCGGUGAGAAUGAUCCGACUAUGACACCCGAAGAGCGAGCUGCAGAGCGAUUCGCGCGUGAGAGCCAGAAGAAGAUGCGCAAAGAGUCGAUGUUCAAUCUGGAGGAAGAUGAUGACGAGUUUCAGCUUACACACAUGGGUCAAUCACUCUCGCUCGACCAGGCCAAUAUUGAUGAUUUCGAGGCUGAGGACAUGGAUGGCGCUGAAUCUGACGACGGGAUGACGCGAAAGCGUAAGCGCUUCGACGAGAAUGACAAUGAUAUGGAGGAUUUUAUCGAUUUUGAAGACGGUGAAGAGGGGGAGAAUAAGCCUGAACGGAAGAAGUCCAAAGCGGAGGUCAUGAAGGAAGUCAUUGCCAAAUCAAAGUUCUACAAGCAUGAGCGGCAAAAGGCCAAGGAGGAUGACGAUGAUUUACGAGAAGAGCUAGAUCAAGGACUGCCUGACCUUUUUGAGGCCCUACGUGGAAUCAAAGCUCCGGCUAAGCCAGAACCUCCAAAACAAGACCUGGACACCAUGAACCCGGAGCGUGCUGCAAUGCUUCAGGGACCCGACAAGGCUGACACCGAGAGAGAGUAUGACCAGAGAUUGAAGCAGCUGACCUUCGACAAACGAUCCAAGCCCACAGAUCGUACCAAGACCGCCGAAGAAAAGGCUGAAGAAGAAGCCGAAAGGCUGAAGAAGCUAGAGGAGAACCGCCUUAAGCGAAUGCGCGGUGAACAACUGAGUGAUGAAGAGGAAGAUAAUAAUGAUAACGACUCCUUCCUCCAAGACGACGAGGAGUCCGAUGUCGAUGAUGCUGCUGCCUUCGGUCUUCCUGCUUUCGAACCAAGGACCGACCUGGGUGUAGAGGAUGAAGAUGACUUCAUCAUUGACGACGAUCUCGUUGAGAGAAGGUCAAACGUCAGCCUCUCUUUGGAUGGAAGCGAUAUGGAAGACGAAGAACUCUCAGAGGAGGAUGAACAAGAAGAUGAGCAGGAAGAUGAACUCAUCAAUGGAAUGUCAUUGCCAACAGCAUCUGCCGCUACUGCUGCAUCGACGGCCGUGGAAGUCAAUCCUACCGCUGGUGGAAAGUUGGCUUUCACCUACCCGUGUCCUAAAACCCAUGGUGAAUUCCUCGCUAUCAUCAAAGAAGUGCCCGAGCAGGAUAUUCCCACAGUUGUUCAGCGGAUCCGUGCGUUGCAUCAUCCUCGUCUUCACGCCGACAAUAAGGCUAAACUCGGCCAAUUUGCUGAGAUCCUUGUGGAGCAUGUCUCAUACAUGGCCAACAACUCCGAGCAACCAUCUUUUGCGAUUAUGGAAAACAUCCUUCGGCAUAUCCACUCAAUGGCUAAGACCCAUCCGAUCAACGUCGCUACGGCCUUCCGUGCCCGCCUUCGAGAGAUCUCCAAUGAUCGUCCACUGGAUCUCCUCCCCGGUGAUCUUGCCAUACUGACAGGUGUCUCUACUAUCUUCCCUGCAUCAGAUCAUUUCCAUGCCGUUGUCACACCCGCUCACCUUUGUCUGGCUCGAUUCUUAGGACAAUGUUCCUCUGACACACUGUCCGACUUCGCAACUGGUGCCUACGCAAGUACGCUUUGUCUACAGUACCAGACUGUCUCAAAGAGAUAUAUGCCCGAGUUUAUCAACUACUCCCUGAAUGCACUCUGCAAUCUUGUUCCUUCCGAGCCAACCCAAAAGCUUGGAUUCUUCCCAUUCCGGAAGUCCCAGGAGUCUGUUCGUCUCGCACCGUCGAAGAAAGUUGCCCCACGCAAGCUCCAGUUCCGAGAUGUUUCACUUCUUCCUUCGGACUCUCAAGCUGCAGAGAAUUUGAAGGCAUCUCUAGUACUAAGCUUUGUUUCUCUGCUUGAUCACGCUUGUCAGCUUUGGUCUGAUAAAUCCGCUUUUCCCGAGAUUUUCAGUCCUGUCGAAGCCGUGCUCAAAUAUGUGCAACAGUCGUGCAAGGCAAAAAUCUAUGCCGCUCUGCAAGAUCCACUCCAAUCAACCUUGGAUAAGGUCUCAUCCCAAUUAGCCCAAGCUCGAAAGUCUCGGCGCCCGCUUUUACUCCACUACCACCGUCCUCUGGCUAUCAAGUCAGCGAUCCCCAAGUUCGAGGAGAACUUCAACCCGGACAAGCACUACGAUCCAGACCGCGAGCGUGCCGAGGCCAACCGUCUCAAGAAAGAGUACAAGCGCGAGCGCAAGGGUGCCAUGCGCGAAUUGCGCAAAGAUGCGAGCUUCGUGGCGCGCGAGAAGUUGCGCGAGAAGAAGGAGCGCGAUGCCGAAUACGAGAAGAAGUACAACCGUCUGGUUGCGGAGAUUCAGAGCGAAGAGGGUCGUGCUGCCAACGAGUACGAGAGAGAGAAGAGAGCACGACAAGGGAAGCGCUGA